GAUAUUCCCGUGUGACGUGAACGCAGCACAAAACGACAGCAGGCAGAGGUGAAAAGUCUGGAUCAUGUUUUCAUUCCAGCGGAGGCAUACUUGAACGAUAAAGACACUGUAAAUAAAGAUCAACAGGGCGGUUAGCACAGUCCGUCGAGCUACCGUCUACAAACACGGCGACAUUAAUGUUGUUGUUAGCAAAGCAGCUAACGCAAGCUGAAAUUUGUUAGCGAGCUAACGGAGGACCCUGUUAGCUUACCGCCACCAUCGUCGCUCCCAGCCAGCUGUGCAUCGCCCUGUCUUCCUUACGAUGGGAAACGCAGCGACUGCCAAGAAAGGCAAUGAGCAAGAAAGCGGUAAGCACCUGAAAAAACCCAUCGAGCCAGCCUGUUAGCCAUGUAACGUUAGAUAUUGCAGAGUGUUAGCUAGUUGCAGUGAGUAUAGGGCAGGCUUUAGCAGCAGCAGCUGUUAGCAGACAGUGUGACAGGGAGAAUAUUCAGGCUGCAGGGAAGAAGAACCAUCUUUGGUAAAAGGCAGUUUACAAGGUGUGCUAGGAGCCUUGUUAUGAUGUAUGUCUACUACUCGCACUUCAGUACGAUGCUGCAGUCAGAUAAUACAGAUAUCAUUGGGGUCCUUAUCCCUGUUGGUUUGCCACAGCAGUGACUGUGAAAUAUCUUAACCCUUAUUGAAAUGGGAGAUUUCCUUACUGCUUGAUCUAGUGAAUUAAAAUGAUCAUAACCCCAUUUUGUCACCUGCAAACAUGGGAUUCUAUUGAAGCUGCAGGUCAAGGCCUUGGCUCUGUUUAUAACAGGAGUGUAAUAACAAAUGAUAGACUUUUGGGGGUCACUGGUGCAGCUUUUCUCUCCAAAUAAGGACUGUGAUAAUGCCAGCAACCGUUUCAUCCAACCAUCCAAACACUGAUGUGUCAAGUCAGCUGUCAACAAGUUUACUGUAAAUGAAAAUGUUAUGCCUUGAUCACUGCUUCAGACAGUGACAUUAACCUGUUAUGUUGACGCUAUAACACCCUGAUAAUGUAAGCUCUCCUCGUCCAGAAAUUCCUGUUUAAUAACACUUCUUAAUUCUUAGGGCUCGACCAGGUAGUCACUUUGCAUCAGUGGUGUUGUGUUUUGCGUGCAUUUUGUCAUUAAUUACAAGCGUAAUCCAUUAAACUGCGCCAUGCUGUCGGUAGUGUGUCUGGAGAUUCUCCGGUCUUGACCUGCUUUCUGUUUGGCAGUGGUCCAUACAGUCUCACAACCUUUUGACUCAAGCCACCUGUAGUCUCUGCAGGGAGGGGCUGAGAGUACUGCCUAUUAACACAGUGAUGCACGCUACAGAUAUACAACACCAAAUGUCUAGCAAAAAAAAAAUUGAGAAAGUGUGCAGUAUAGGGUGAGUAGAGAGCUCCUGCAUGAGCUGCAUUGUGUAACUUUACCACCAGAGUGCACGCUAACCUGGAGAUAACUUCCCUCUUCAGUCAGUCAGUGGGUGUUACUGACAUACAGCUUCCUUAUCAGCCCUCUGAAUGUACAGCAUCUGUGUUUUUUACAUAACCUAAAGAGGCUGGCUUUUUUAGCGUUCUUUACAUACUUUCUUUUCCUUUGUUGACACAGUAUACAGGAGACCUAUAAUUGUUAAAAUUACUCCACGUGGGGAAAGUAAAACAUGCGGUUCAUUGCUUGACUGAGCUGAGCUGAGUACUUGGACAGGAAGCUUAACUUUAUGUGGUUAGCCAGGCAUUGCAGAGCACUUCACUGCAUACAACAGGAAGCUAGUGUCACUCAGAAGGUCUUCGGUCUGAAAACGGUUGCUUUGCCUUCGAGCCUUUUCACUCACACGUCAAUAAAAUGGCCCAAGGAAAAGAUCAGUCCUUCGCCAGCCGUCUCUUCCACAAAUAUCGUAAGGGAAGCCAAGAACAGAAAGGACUAGAGAGUGAGGUUCCUCGUAUCUCUGACUUCACCAUCAUGUGGGAUAAGUGGAGUAAGUGCAGUGUUUUGUUUUUACACUCGAAACUGUGUCUGCCACAGCCUGCAGGUCUGAGCGGGACCAGUCUCAGCUUGUGUUGGUGUUUUCAGGAGAAUGGAUAUGAAGCUUGAAAAGUCAACUGUUUUGAAUAAUAAGUGAAAAUGUCCCAUUUGUUUUACGUAGGUUAUAAAAGCCUCAAGUAUUUCAUGUAUUCAGUACUUCAGAAAGCCAUCAUUUAUUUGUCAGGUCUUAGAGCGCCAAGCUGCAGCCCUGCUUCAAUAUUUUCUGAGGAUUUGUCCUUAUCGUCUCCAUCGGGUUCACAGUCUCUGUAUUUACGCAUAUUCUUGAUCCUCCAGAGACAUCAGUAAAACUGCUGUGAGCAUAAGUCUUUGUAGCACAGGCUGUUUGUGGAGUUUUAGUCGCUUACAUCAUCUUAAUAUUUUCUUUCCUGUCAUUUUUGUGGACCUCUUGUGCAAGUAUGAAAUAUGUAAUGUGUGCUUUUCGCAAUGUCUGUAUCAAUCACUGUUUUUUUAUAUCCUUUGACUGACUUUUAUAGUUAAACAACUCUUCAUUUAUAGUGGUAGGAUAGUCAGUGCCUCUUUGAAUAUCAGUUAGACUGGAAGGGAUGUUGAAAACAACCCUUUUGUGCAGAAUCCAAUACAAAUGAAGAUAAAUAGACAUUUAAAACUUCACAGUUAGCAACUAAAGGUUACAAAAAUACUGUACAAUGUUAGAUUUUGGCAUUUUGUUAACUUGUGUUUCUUCUUUCUUGUCAUUUUGUUGUUUGUCGCAUUUAAUCCACUCUGAGUACAAAUGUCCUUGUUUGAAGCACUUCAUAAAUGUUUCUUCCUCUCUUUCUCUUCUCCAUCAUUUCCAUCCAUGUGGGUGAAUGUUCCUGCAAACCCUUGGUGAACUGUAGAGAUUUUUGGUAUGCUCAUUUUUUCAUGAGCAUCCUAAGUCACAGAGUUUACCCUGCAGUUUAGACUCAAGAAAACUAAUAUUGUCAGUUAGCAUACAGUUUACUCACAGUAUAAAAGUCCUUCAGUGCCAGAUAUGCAUUUCAGCAACUGUAUACAAAGUGCAAGAUCAACUAGCCAUCAAAUACUCACCGUGACUCUGUGACUUUGGACAUCUCAUGUCUGCUGUGACUUUCACAAUGCACUGUCUCUUUAGUGCCUGCACUGUAGUGUUAGUUUUGUUCUGCAUUUUGUUCUUUACCACUGCUCAUUUUUACUGCCCCCUCCCCUUACUCCAACCUACUUCUGAAAGGGAUGCAGAAAGUUUGACUUUAAAUUGGCCCAAAAGUCUACAACAGCUCUUUGCAUCACUUUAUUAUGAGAUUUUCCUGCUUAGACGUGUGGUUUUUAGUUUUCUUAAGGAGGUAUUUUGAGCUGUUCUGUCAAGUAUAACCCUGCAUCACCCAGUACUUGACAGUUUGCCUGACCUAUAAAUGCAUUUGUUUCCCCAAACAUGCAAACUUCCUUUGAAACAUGUUGAACCGCCCCAGUUUAUUUCCCUCAACAUGUGGCCUGACCUGGAGAGAGUGCCAAAAUGCAAAUAAUCAACUGAUACAGUUGUGUCUUUUUACAGUGAAAGAAUUCUUAGCUAAAGCCAAAGAAGAUUUUUUAAGAAAAUGGGAGUGUCCACCCCAGGUAAGAUGUUUUCCUGUCAAGCUUCUAAUUCCCUCUCAAACAAUCUGAGUGUGUUUGUUGAAGCUAAAUGAGAAGACCUUUUGUAUGAUGGCACCUAGCCACUUCCUGGUUCAGGUCUUGUUGACUUAUCAGUAAGCUGAUUGUGUAAGUACACUGUCAAUAAAAGGUAUUUAUUUAAAAUAUCUCCAUCCAUUUAGACCUUCUUCUUCAACCUAAAUAUAGACAAAGAAACUAAAGUUGGCAUCAAUAAUGUCUGAAUUAACUUUCAGAAAUGUUGUUUCAAUCAUCAUUUUGCUGUCUCACUUUCACUGAUCUGACUCCUCAGUGCACAACAGGCCUGGAUGACUUUGAUAGAUUCAAGACUCUGGGCACCGGCUCAUUUGGGCGAGUUAUGCUCGUCAAACAUAAAGAAACAAACCACUUCUAUGCCAUGAAGAUCUUGGACAAACAAAAAGUAAGUAUUUUUGUAGAGAAUAGUUUGCUUAUCUUAUAGACACAAGCACUACAAGAGCUGUUAGGACCACUGCUGCCUGUAUCUCAUAAAAGGAAAUGGAAAGUUUCCCCUAACACAGCCUCAGCACGUUAUCACUGAAAACCUCAGAGGCGCUUUACAUGACUUUCGAUCUGUAAAUACUGAUGUGAAAGUUGUAGGAGGUUAGUUUGUCAUCUGUGUUUCUCAUGUAGCAGUUCCUGGCUCUCUUGUGUUUCAGGCUUUUGGUUUACGAUGUAAACCUGUUUGACUUUCUGCUGACAGACUUUCCUUUUAUAGUUUUGUAUGGCUCCUUGUUCCGUGUGUUAACACUUAGUUUGCUUAAAGUUUAUCAGCAUCCUACAAAGGGCUUAGUCUUUGUUGUUGAAGUUUUUAAUCUGACCACAUUUUGCUGACUUUUUCCAGUCGCAUGUUGUGCAUUAACAUGUUUAAAAGGGUAUUUUGCUCUUAACUGCAAACGUUUUUCAUCAUAUAUUGAGUACAGCAUGAAAGUAACCUUUUAGAGAAACUUCAAACCGAAGAUUAUUCACCGCAGUUGCUGUCAUGGUUAGGUAAUAUCACUUCAGGCUAUUGCAGUUUAAAACCUUUGAUUAAGUGAAUGUCUGAUAAUGAUGAGACACUGAUGUGGUUUCAAUCUCUGCUCCCUGAUAAUAGUUGUAUGUCUUUCAUUUUACUGCCUGUACCCAACAGUGAUUGUGAGAGCAAUAUUGACUCUUAAACAUUGUUUGUUGAAGAUUCCUACCAACUCAUUGAUGCUACAAACCUGCAGAAAUUUUUCAAUUAUUAACUACUAACUCAUGCAACUCAUUGAAACUAACAAUCGUCAACAGUUUUGAUUUUCUCACUAUUGUGUCAAUUUUUAUAAUUCUCUCAAAGUUUAAUUUGUACAAUUGUCCUGAAAGUUGCAAAAUAUUACACAGAAAAAAUAGUAGAUAAAGGCAGAAACUGAUUUUAAAAAGCCACGUUUUUAAACCUUAACCUGUUAACAAUGAGACGCAGAGUAGCUGCUGGAAAAAAAUCUCUCAAAUUAGUGUUCUGUGGUUUAUCUGCCUGUAUUACUCAUCCUUACUCUUUUUCUUUUUUUCAGGUGGUGAAGCUGAAGCAGAUAGAACACACACUAAAUGAAAAGCGAAUACUACAAGCUGUCUCAUUCCCAUUCCUCGUCAGAUUGGAGUACGCUUUCAAGGUACGGGCUGGCGCUCACCUCUUUCAUAAAAAAUAACCAGCUAACAACAUAUUUGCAAUGACACAACAGCCUAACUAGAGCAUGCACCCUCAGUGUAUGCGAUAAAACUGAUCUGAUCGGGGGGUUUCUAUUCCAACCACAUGAAAAAGGAAACAUUUUAUAUGAGCAGUUGUUUUGCCUCUGCUUAAGUGUUCUCCUCUUUGAAAAACAGGAUAACUCAAACCUCUACAUGGUGAUGGAGUAUGUGCCCGGCGGAGAGAUGUUCUCACACCUCAGGCGUAUUGGGAGGUUCAGGUAUAGAGUACAUGAAGUCAGAAUUAAAUUUUAAUUAUCUUGCUUUCCAUUGCAAGUACAGUAGCUGGACCAAGACUUGAUUAGACCUGUUCAUUUAUUCCACCAUAUCUGAUUGUCCUCUUUCCCUUCUUUCAGUGAAAACCAUGCAAGAUUUUAUGCAGCUCAGAUUAUCCUCACCUUUGAGUACCUUCACUCGCUGGACCUCAUCUACAGAGACCUGAAGCCUGAAAACCUGCUCAUAGAUCAACAUGGGUACAUCCAGGUAAGCAGUUUAUAUAAAAUUUUAUAAGACAGGCGAAAUGAAAGGGAAAUGUGAGUAAUCAGAUAGAUGUUUUUCAGCUACUAGCAGAAAAACUUCACCCUUCAGAGAUGCUGAGAUAUCACAUUUCCUUCCUGAUGUUGAAUGUAGUUUCAAGACUUUGGUGUUGGUCAAUACCUUGCUCUCCUUUCAUAUCUAUGGGAUAGUAAAAGUACAUAUUAUGAGAAGGAAAACAUAGAUUUAUUAUACUCUGAUAGCUUUGUCUAGUGAUCUCUUCAAGCACCAAAGUGGGAUUGGCAGAAAACAGCUGAUUGUUUUGGGCUGAUAAAUCCUGGUGUUUGAUUGGUGCGUGGCAUAUCUAGUACUGUAUCUGACUAACUCUACUAUUAUAGGACUGAAUAGGAAGACUGGUAGCAAAAAUAAGCAAAUGAAGAUGAUGUAGGUGUGAUGAUAGCAAAGAGACACGGUGCUUAGUUAAGAACCAGAGUGAGGCUUAUGUUUUCUUUUUGCCUUCUGGAUGCUACUUCCCUUAUUUUGCUCUUGUUUUUCUUCCUUAGGUCACAGACUUUGGCUUUGCUAAAAGAGUAAAAGGCAGAACCUGGACAUUGUGUGGAACUCCUGAGUAUCUGGCUCCAGAGAUCAUCCUCAGCAAGGUAAUGCCUUUAAAACGAUCACUGACACACCAAACAGCGGUGACCAUAAAACCUUUAACCUGCUCAACUUUUUUUCAGACGUGUUUUGGGAAAUUUCCAGGGCUCUCACUUGGAAAUUUACCUGACUGUACUGUUCACACAUAAUUGCUCACAGCCUGAGGUCUCCUCUGUUAAACAUGGGCUGGAGAACAUUUCCCUUUGUUUGUUUUUUGUUUUGUUUUUCUCAAAGCACACAGAGACAGAAAUGUAUGCCUCAACAGCUGUUUUAUUUUUGUGUGGUUUUUUUUACCUUCACAUCAACAAUACGAGUAAUCACUAGAAUACACUUCUCCGAAAUGGAAUCACUCACUUGAGCUCCCCUGGACAAGUAAUACUUGUUAGUGUGAAGAUCUUGACUGUUUCUGUUCACAUGAACAGCUAAACUGGAUUAUUAAAAAAAAAAUUGUGCAUGUCUGAAAGGGACUUGUAAUUCUAACUCCCCCAGGGCUACAACAAAGCUGUGGACUGGUGGGCACUGGGAGUCCUUAUCUAUGAAAUGGCUGCUGGAUACCCUCCCUUUUUUGCUGAUCAGCCAAUCCAAAUCUACGAAAAGAUUGUGUCUGGCAAGGUAGGAGAAAAAAAGCCUCAUUUGUAGCUAAAUGUUUUGAGGCUUUGUUAAUUUUCUACUGAGAUUUUUUUUUCUUACACGCUAUAACCAAGCACUUGAAUGAAAUAGGUGAAAUGCAUCUUCAUCUCGACUGAUCCAGGGUUCCUUACUUUUUCUGACCUCCUUAGGUACGAUUCCCCUCUCACUUCAGCUCCGACCUGAAGGACAUGCUGAGAAACCUGCUGCAGGUUGACCUUACAAAGAGAUAUGGUAACCUGAAGAAUGGCGUUAAUGACAUCAAAAAUCACAAGUGGUUCUCCACAACAGACUGGAUUGCCAUAUAUGAGAAGAAGGUUGGUUUUAUAGUCAUGUCAACCAGUUCAGUUUAUGUUAUUUGGAUACUGUUUUAAAUUAUGUUACACAAAGUUAAUAAAUGUUUGUUACUUUUAUACAGGUCAUACAAACCUGCUGCUCUGUGACAAUAAUGCUUUACGUCCACGGAUACACUCAGGGCUGUUAAGGCUAGUCUGCAGACAUUAAAAUCUCCAAUAUUCCAAGAAUAGGAGAGUAGAUUUGUAUAAAAAUGUUAAAAUAUGAGGACAGGUGAUUCCUUUCACAGCAGCCAUGAUGGUUCAGUUCCAGGGAAAGCUCUCUUUAAGGGGGAAACUGGAAGUAUUUUAACAGAGCAUAAUUUGCCUGUAAAUAGAUCAGCCUUUGUCGGGCAUCCUUGAUUUAAUUGCUCGGACAUGACAUUCUCAUCUUUCCUCUUUGUCAGGUUGAAGCCCCAUUCAUGCCAAAAUGCAGAGGACCAGGAGACACAAGCAACUUCGACGACUACGAGGAGGAGGAGAUUCGUGUCUCACAAACAGAAAAGUGUGCUAAAGAGUUUGCUGAUUUCUAGUGAGAGUGAGCAGGAGUCCUAUCAGGGCUCACGCUUCGUGGAAUUUUUGCACUCUCCUGAGGGUUAAGGUGGAACCGAGGCAAUCUCGAGUCCAAAUCCAAUGCCUCGUUCCUUCAUUCCACACAGUUGAAUGAGGUCCUUCUUGCCAUGAUCCUGCGUGCAUUUAGCACUAACCUUUACACAGGCACAUUAUGCAGACACCCCUGUGCUGCAACACAAAAUACUAGACCACGUUUCAAGAUUUUGUAUUUUUUUCUCUGUUUGAUUUUCACGUUUGCCACUUUUGAAAGCUUCCCUUCUCCUUAUUUCCAUUAAGACUGAUCAUUUGAAAUGUGGCAUUUAGAACUAUAACCAUUUAUUUGGGGCACAAAGACAGAUUGUAUUAGCUGGUAUUGCACAUAACGUGAUAUAAGCUUUGAGAAAAUAGAAGGGUUUUUUGUUUGCAUUUCUCACGUUGUUUUUGCUUAUUAUUUUUUAUCCGUUGUCUGUUUCACACCGAGUUUGUUUGAAGGUUCAGUCAGUAAGUUACUGAUCAUUAAUACUUUACACAUAAACCAUUAUUCAUUUAUUCAUCAUUCUGGUGUCCUUAAGACUUAGAACCAUGUAUUUGUGCACACGAGAAUAUACAUAUAUGAGACAUAAGAUUUUCAAAGAGGAGAAGGUGUUUGAUGAAGAAAAAAGCAACUCCAGUGAUCCCACAAGGAGAUGGAUUAACAAUGGCAAGUGUCAUUACAGAGCAGAACCUUGUCAGUGCUGUAUUUACUUAUCAAUUGUAGCGUUCUUUUAUUCAUAUCCAGUCACAGGACAUUUACUUUUACCUCAGGCAUGGUGUGGUGUUAAAAGUAUUUGAAUGAGAUGAUAUAUUUUUCAGGUACAACUCUGUCUCACAAGAAAGGAAGUCUGAAGCUGUCUGAGUUAGUCACUCCAGAUACCUGUCUCUGGUAUGUCCAAAAAUCAAUGAAGUGCAUUGAAAUAGCAUUUUUCAAGAGCUGAAAGGUCAGUUUGUGUGACUUUCUUAAGAGUAUGCUGUUGUGGAUGCUAAGCAGUGUUGGUCAAGAUAUCAUUUAUUUAUCUGGGGAUGCUUUUCAAUUUUGUUUUUGAAGUCUAUUUGUGCUUGAGCACAUUACUCGAACGACGUGUAAUUGCCAUAUUUGUACCUUCAUUUUUACAUUUGCAUGUAUGUUACGUUUGUACAGCAGUGUCACAAAUAGCUAAUAAUCCCUGAAAGACUUUUUUUUUUCGGUUUUUGUUUUGAUUGUUGCGUUGUUUUUUAAUGUGUCACAGCCAGGCACAGUGAUGCUUUAGAUUUUUAAAGCCACUUUUAUCUGAGUGACAUAUUCCUCUGCAUAAUCCAGUGAAGCAAAACUGUAUCAUUAACCACGGACUGAUAGUUAGGAAAAACUGAUGUAUCAGAAUCUUGAAGUAUUCAUUCAUCUUGGGUCACGUACAUAAUAUGUACCUUAACUAUAUCUCUCAAGUUUCUUGCGUAAUUCUUUUUCUAAACCAGUUUUUACACUGUGAUGGAGCAGUAUUUGCUCAUUCUUCCUCUCCAGUCUGCGUAGCUGAGUCUUGCCAGUUAAAGAGAAGAAACAGAUAGUAAUGUUAUUGUCUGUUGCUUUUCUACUGAGAGAUUUUAAAGGGAAUAAGGUCAAGAGUCUUGCUUAUGAAAAACAUUGUUAUUGUCAUUGUAAAUCACUCCUGAUAAGUUAUUGUUGUCCACACGUAUUUAAUCUAUCUAGCCUCCCCUCUGGACUAAAUAAGAUUUAUGAGGGAUUUUCUUACACUGAGCACCAGUUUUUGUUUAUUCUGAUACAUUGCCUGUCUCCGCUUAAUUGUGUGUAUUUACCAUCAUAAAACCUGUAUGUCAAACAUCCAAUACCUGCAAGGCCAAGGUGUCCACAUGUUGUCCUUAUACAUCAGAAAACCUCUGAUUCCUCAGUCUGAUUUUUUUCUAAGUACAUAUACAGGAAAGUUUGCAUGAUCUAAAGAGAGGUCCAAGUUCAAGGUCUUUGAGCCUUUUCAUUUCACAUCUUAAUGGAAAUAAUUGUUCAUUGACAAUUCAGUCUUUCUGCAUAGAGUUUGAUCCUACUGUAACAUGACGCUGAAGUGUUUGUAGAUGAACAACAUGCAAUUGAAUCAAGUUCAACAAUCUAAAACAAACCAAUGUGGGAAAAAAGAGGUUUGGGGACUGGGUGAUUUUGUUUUAAAGGUACUGACUUUCUGUGUAUGGAUACUAGCUCUCCCUGAUUUUAAAUACUUUGUUAUGUAUUCAAUGAAUGAUGUGAGACUUUGUUUAAUCCUGAAUUCAGUUUAGAAGAAACAACCAUUAGUUACUUUUCCUAUUUUAUUUAGAUUUUAAAUGUCUAAUGAAUUCCAUUUGUCAUUUUUUAACUUGCGUAAACCUCAUUAUACCUAGGCAGACCACAGCUAUUUUAUUUACAAAGAGGUUAUAACAGUGAUUUUAUUUGGAUAUUUAUUUAUUUAUGAAGUUUUUUUUAUUUGCCCCUUACAGAAAACAAAAUAUUUAUACAUGUUGUUGGUCAUGCGUCUAAGUAUAACUUAUUCUUUGAUGUCCUUAUGCAAUAUUUCCAAUCCAUCACUUCACAAUCACUCUUAUCAAGGAUUAUUUGGAUUAUUUUACCAGUUUGAAGGAUUGAACAGAAUGUAACUGCUAAAUCAUUUGUUUGUUUGUUUGUUUUUUCACUUAAAGAGAUUUUGAAAACCUGGAUUUUAGCAUGUUUCAGUCCAAACUGCCUGUGCAUUAACCUUCCCGGAGAGUGUAAGACAUGCGCAGCCUUUUGUGUGUCAUUUCCAUCCCGUAUGUGUAAUAAUGUUUGUCAUAUGUGAUGUAGUUUGAUGGCACUUUUCCCUGGGCCAUCACACACUCCUGACUGAAGUUUAUUGCUAGUCACACAUGCCAGUUUGGGAUCAGUUAUCUGAAAUGUGUCUGUAUUUAGUUUGUGGGAUAUUUUACACAUCACUUAGACGGCUGACACAUUUUUCCCACCCAUAUUUACUUGUUUUUGCAAGGGGAAUAUACUUUGCUGUAGCAGAUUUUAUGUAACAAAAGGAUAUGUCACUAUAAUAUAUUCUUUUUAUUAAAAACAAAAGUUGUCUUCAAUGUGAUGAGAAA